AGGGACAAGGCAUAUACUGUGUCGUUUUGAAUGGAAUCUAUUACCCAAUUUUUUCGCUGUGGUAGAUUUUAUGUUUGGUAAAACAGGAAAGGGUAUGGGACUGUGGACUGUGUAAAGCGACAUAACAAUGAUAAAUUGAUAAAGCUAAACUAAAGCCUGCGUCUCUUCUAUCUGUGGAUCUUCUGGAGAUUCAUUUUUUUUUUUUGUUUGGUAAAUGAAAAAACUCUCAUAAAAUCAAAAUGAAACGAUUCCGUUUCGGUUGGAUAUUGCUUUCAAUGGAUUCAAUCAGAUCUGCACAAUAAUACAGUACAUAUAACCACUUGCCUAUUCCUGUCCGAUUUUGCACGAAUCCAAUCCAUAUCCUCUUUUUGGGUUUUCUCUGGUUUCUGAUCAAUUUGGUGCCUGUCAAUGAUAACCAAAGAUUAUCCACAGCAGAUGUGUCAGAUAAAAGAAGGCUGAUGGCAGUAGCAGAAGCAAGAGCUGUGUGGCAAAGAGUAGCUAAUCGUUGUUUUGUCCAAGAAGAUGCGAAAAGGGCUCCCAAGUUAGCUUGCUGCCAAUCAUCAUCUUCAUCAUCCAGACAGAUUGAUGGGGGAUCAACAGAUGCAGCAGACAUGACAGAUAAUCCAGGGGUAGGUUUCAUGCCUCUCCACAGGAACCCCUCGUAUUCCAAUCUACCUCCUGAUACAAGAUGGUGGCUUCAGCUGCAACCUAACUAUGGAUAUCAAAAGGGUUUAACAUAUGAACAGUUAAAUGCCUUGGAGGCUGAGAUGGAAAGCCUUAGAGCUGAAAUUGCAGACUCAACCUCUAAAAUUGGUGAGGUUUGCCCAGAUGAUGAUAGAUGCAGAUGCUUUGAUGGAAGCAAGAAUAGUGAAUCUUCCUUUGAUGCACAUUGGAAGACUGCAGCUGAUUGUAUGAAGAAAGAUCUGGAAGUUAAAAGGCAAGAGACAAUUGGCCUAUAUGAUAAGAAUGCCCCAGAAUCUAUUGAACUUAAGGACACAAGAGUAAACUCCAACUGGAUGGAUAUGGAUCCAAUUGAAUGCUGCGGACCUCAAAAGACCAAUGAGUAUUGUUUUGAUCCUGAAUCACCUUGGAUUGAGGAUGAAAAGACUGUGCCAUGGUGGCGCACAACAGAUAAAGAUGACUUGGUCUCCUUGGUUGCACAGAAGUCUCUUGACUAUUUCCAGAAUUGCGACCUUCCCCCACCUCAGAAGAUGCACGUUAGGAGAUACCCAAGUGUGCGUGUUGGAUCAUCUGAUCAUGAUGAUACAGUACCUUCAUGUUUGAAUUGGAAGCCACAAAGUGGUUAUAUCUCAAGCCCAAUAGUUAAAGCGCAUGGCUGUCCCAGUUCUGAAAGCAUGCAUGGAAGACACAGGACUUCAACUGAAGGUCACUUACAAAGCGGUUCUAACAAGCCAUUCAGUUAUACCAAAACCAGCAAAGAUACAAUAGAAUUUGGACAAGUUCCUGAGUGCGAUCCCUGCAAGGCCCAGCUACUGGAAGCACUCCGGCAUUCUCAAACGCGAGCUAGGGAAGCUGAGAAGGUGGCAAAGCAAGCCUGUGAGGAGAAGGAGCACAUCAUUAAGCUCUUCUUCAAACAAGCCUCACAGCUUUUUGCCUAUAAGCAGUGGUUCCAACUGUUGCAACUUGAAAGCCUUUACUACCAGGUUAAAAAUAGUGACCAGCCUGUGUCUACUUUGUUCCCUGUAGCUCUUCCAUGGAUGCCACGAAAAGGCAGGAAACUGCGGAAGGGCUUGCAAAAGACGACAAGAGGGAAACGAGGCAAGCAUGGACGCCAAAGUCAUGAUAUUAGCAAGUAUGCAAUUGCAUUUGCAUUGGGGUUGAGUCUUGUUGGUGCAGGCUUGCUACUAGGAUGGACCGUAGGGUGGAUGUUGCCUUUAUGAGGUUCAACAAAUCUCCUGCUUAACAAAUUUUAUUUAUGAGAGAAACCGGUUCGAUUGUUUGUAUUUUCGUAUGUAUGUAUGCAUGUAUUUUAUUUUUCUUAGAUGUUCCCCCACUUUUUUCUGUGUGUUCUGCUUUAUUUAUGUAAAUUUUGUACAAAUUAUGAGGGUUGGUUAGAUGUGCAUAUGGGGAGUAGAUGUUCUGUCAAUUUGGAAUCUCGUCAAAGGUCUCUUUUGGUGAUCUGUACAUUUGAUUUAAUCUUAGCAGUGUAUUAUGGAAAACUACACAUCUAGCUGGGCGUUGUAAAUUAAAUUUGGGAAAUUGAUACUUUGACAGGAGCGUGCCCAUGGCUAAUUGGCUA